CUUGCCCUCCCUCCCGUCCCUUGCGGCAGCCGCUCGUCUCUCCGACUGGGUGUCUCUCCGACGGGACUCAGCAACUUCUUGGUUAUUUCUCACCCCCUUUUCCGUUUUCACCACCUUUUGCCAUGAACUGGACCGACAGACGCAGGGAAGGCUGUGCUUUCUGCCCAAGGGAAUGGUGGUUCGCUUCCUGGGGCCGGGUCGGGGAGGAUCGGCCGAGGAGAAAGAAAGAGUGAUAGAGAAAGAGCUGCAUUAAGGAGAGGAAGGGGGACCUCCGUCGGCUGAGGGCCCCUAGCGUGCAGCAGCACCCAGGAUGGCCGCGAGCUCUCCCCGCGUCCCCGGCUCCAGCUGCGACCCCCGCACGCCGGACGCCUCGGGCAGUCUUUAAAAUCCUGAAGUCCGGAGAGACCCCAGAGGACAGAAGUCGGGGGUGGGGGUGGAGCGGAGAAUGCUGCAAAGCUUUUCCAAGAGAGAAAAAGAGGAAGUCUGACCGCUUCUGCCUGUGCUAGCUUUUCACUGGAAGGCGUCUCUUUAGAGCAUCUAGCCUUCUCCAGGAGUUAUUCGAAAGCUGAAACUUUCAGUGCUCGCCGGCCUGGGAGCAGGAGGGAUUCCGAGGGUGGGAUUGCGAGAAGAGCGGGCGUGAUCGCGCGCGCGCGUGUGUGUGUGUGGCGGGGUGGGGGCGUCGGGGGGGCCCUCGGGGACUCCGCGAAGAGGGCGCACCAUGGCCGUGCCGGGCGAGGCCUCCCGAGUCUGGGCCACGCCGGGACACUGGGAGGCGAGGCCGGCUCCAGCGGCGGGCCCCGCAUCGCCCCGGGACGUGGGCUGCCGAGGCUGCUGGGGCGCCCGGGUGCUGCGGCCGCUCCGGCGCUCGCGGAAACUUUCCUCGGCGCUGUGCGCGGGCUCCCUGUCCUUUCUGCUGGCGUUGCUGGUGAGGCUGGUCCGCGGGGAGAUCGGCUGUGACCUGGAGCGGAGUAAAGAGGAGGCGGCGGAGGAGGAGGAAGCAGCCCCGGCAGCAGAAGGGGGCGUCCUCCCGGGGCCGCGGGGAGGUGCUCCCGGGGGCGGCGCGCCGCUCGGCCCCUGGCUGCAGCCCUCAGCGCUGCUCUUCAGUGUCCUGUGUGCCUUCUUCUGGAUGGGCUUGUACCUCCUGCGCGCCGGGGUGCGCCUGCCUCUGGCCGUCGCGCUGCUGGCAGUCUGCUGCGGGGGGGAAGCGCUCGUCCAGAUUGGGCUGGGCGUCGGGGAGGAUCACUUACUCUCGCUCCCCGCCGCGGGGGUGGUGCUCAGCUGCUUGGCCGCCGCGACAUGGCUGGUGCUGAGGCUGAGGCUGGGCGUCCUCAUGAUCGCCUUGACUAGCGCGGUCAGGACCGUGGCCCUUAUUUCCUUAGAGAGGUUCAAGGUUGCCUGGAGACCUUACCUGGCGUACUUGGCCGGCGUGGUGGGGAUCCUCCUGGCCAGGUACGUGGAGCAGAUCUUGCCGCAGUACUCGGGGGAGGCUCCGAGGGAGCAUUUCGGGUCCCAGCUAAUCGCUGGGACCAAGGAAGAGAUCCCGGUGUUUAAGAGGAGGAGGCGGUCCAGCUCCGUGGUGUCCGCCGAGAUGUCCGGCUGCAGCAGCAAGUCCCAUCGGAGGACCUCCCUGCCCUGCAUCCCCAGGGAACAGCUCAUGGGGCAUUCAGAAUGGGACCACAAACGAGGGCCACGAGGAUCACAGUCUUCAGGAACCAGCAUCACUGUGGAUAUCGCCGUGAUGGGCGAGGCUCACGGCCUCAUCACUGACCUCCUGGCAGACCCUGCUCUGCCCCCCAACGUGUGCACGUCACUGAGGGCAGUGAGCAACCUCCUCAGCACGCAACUCACCAUCCAGGCCAUUCACAAGCCCAGGGUGAACCCCAUCGUGUCCUUCAGUGAAAACUACACCUGCUCUGAUUCUGAAGAAAGCUCUGAAAAAGACAAGCUGGCUAUUCCCAAGCGCCUGAGGAGGAGUUUGCCCCCUGGUUUGCUGAGACGAGUUUCAUCAACUUGGACCACCACCACUUCUGCCACAGGUCUGCCCACUUUGGAGCCUGCCCCUGUCCGGAGGGACCGUAGUGCCAGCAUCAAGCUGCAUGAAGCACCUUCAUCCAGUGCUAUUAAUCCAGAUUCUUGGAAAAACCCAGUGAUGAUGACUCUCACCAAAAGCAGAUCCUUCACUUCAUCCUACGCUGUUUCUGCCUCUAACCAUGUAAAGGCUAAAAAGCAAAACCGACCAGGUUCCCUUGUGAAAAUUUCACCUCUUUCCUCACCCUGUUCCUCACCUCUCCAUGGGACCCCUGCCAGCAGCCCAGUUAGCAAAGUUUCUGCAGCGCAGUUUCCAGAGUCUUCCGACGCAACUGCCAAAUCAGGCCUAAGUUCUCACCGGGCCUUAACUUACACACAGAGUGCCCCUGAUCUUUCUCCCCAGAUACUGAAUCCACCUGUUAUAUGCAGCAGCUGUGGCAGACCAUAUUCCCAGAGGACUUCUGCCGAUGGGCCCCUGGAAAGAAGUGGGGCAGCCAUUGGGACACCAACCAGAACAGAUGACAUCACUCAAGUUACCUCUGAUUAUGAAACCAAUAACAACAGUGAUAGCAGUGAUAUUGUACAGAAUGAAGAUGAGACUGAGGGCCCCAGAGAGGCUCUCAGAAAGACAUCAUCUUGCAGCACCUAUGCUCCGGAGACCAUGAUGUUCCUGGAAAAACCAAUUCUUGCUCCUGAACCUCUUGUCAUGGACAACUUGGACUCAAUUAUGGAGCAACUGAAUACUUGGAAUUUUCCAAUUUUUGAUUUGGUGGAAAAAAUAGGAAGAAAAUGUGGCCGUAUUCUUAGUCAGGUAUCAUACAGACUUUUUGAAGACAUGGGCCUCUUUGAAGCUUUUAAAAUUCCAGUUAGGGAAUUCAUGAAUUAUUUUCAUGCUUUGGAGACUGGCUACAGGGAAAUUCCUUACCACAACAGAAUCCAUGCCACGGACGUCUUACAUGCUGUUUGGUAUCUCACGACACAACCUAUUCCAGGCCUCUCAACUGUGAUUAAUGAUCAUGGAUCAGCAAGCGAUUCAGAUUCUGACAGUGGAUUUACACAUGGCCAUAUGGGAUAUGUAUUCUCAAAAAUGUAUAAUGUGCCUGAUGAUAAAUACGGAUGUUUGUCUGGAAAUAUCCCUGCCUUGGAGUUGAUGGCCUUGUACGUGGCUGCAGCCAUGCAUGACUAUGAUCACCCAGGAAGGACUAAUGCUUUCCUGGUUGCAACGAGCGCCCCUCAGGCGGUGCUCUACAAUGAUCGCUCAGUCUUGGAGAAUCAUCAUGCGGCUGCUGCGUGGAACCUUUUCAUGUCCCGGCCAGAAUAUAACUUCUUAGUUAACCUUGACCAUGUGGAAUUUAAGCAUUUCCGUUUCCUUGUCAUUGAAGCAAUUCUGGCCACUGACCUGAAGAAACACUUCGACUUUGUUGCCAAAUUUAAUGCCAAGGUGAAUGAUGAAGUCGGAAUAGAUUGGACGAAUGAAAAUGAUCGUCUACUGGUUUGUCAAAUGUGUAUAAAGUUGGCUGAUAUCAAUGGGCCAGCUAAGAGUAAAGAGCUCCAUCUACAGUGGACAGAGGGUAUUGUCAAUGAAUUUUAUGAACAGGGUGAUGAAGAGGCCAGCCUUGGGUUACCAAUAAGCCCCUUCAUGGACCGUUCUGCUCCUCAGUUGGCCAACCUUCAGGAAUCCUUCAUCUCACACAUCGUGGGUCCUCUGUGCAACUCCUACGAUUCAGCAGGACUAAUGCCAGGGAAAUGGGUGGAAGACGGUGAUGAGUCAGGAGACACGGAUGACCCAGAAGAGGAGCAGGAGGAAGCACCAAAUGAAGAGGAAACCUGUGAAAAUAAUGAAUCUCCAAGAAAGAAAAUUUUCAAAAGGAGGAAAGUCUACUGUCAAAUUACUCAGCACCUCCUGCAGAACCACAAGAUGUGGAAGAAAGUCAUUGAGGAGGAACAGCGGUUGGCGGGCAUAGAGGACCAGUCCCCCCAGCAGCAUCCCUCAGAACAGAUCCAGGCCAUCAGGGAAGAAGACGAAGAAAAGGGGAAGCAGAAAGGAGAGGAGACCCCAGCCCCAAAGCCGAACCAGUGACAAUGGAUAGAAUGAGCUAUGUUUCCAAGCAGAGUUACUUGUCACACAGACUCUUUUCAAGCCAGCACAAUACUUAGACACAACACUGUAGAAAUACAAGAAGAUGGGCAAAUGGCUACGGCAUUUUGGGAUUCUUCGCAUUUUGUGUGUUUAUUUUUACAGUGAGGUACAUGAUUUAAAAAACUCUCGCUCAGAGAAGCUUUCACAUUGUAACACCAGCUUCCAAGGAUUUUUUUUUUUAAAGGAAGAAGUAUAUAUGUGUGUGUGUAUAUAAGCUCUCACAUAGAUCCAUGUAAAACAUAUUCACAGACACACAUGCAAACACACAGACACACUGAAAGCUGGGAUUCCUGGCCCCACAAUUUAGUAACAUUCAUAUUAAGAUAUAUAGUGGUCACUGUGAUAUAAUAAAUCAUAAAGGAAAAAAAAAUGAAGGAAAACAAAUCACAAAGGAGAUGGUGCGGCUUAGCCCAGAAGCAGUACAGCAAAUGAAGUUAUGACUAAGGAGCGUUUGCUCUUAGUCCUGAGGGAUGAGAGUUCCAGAGCAUUGUUUGAAUUCUGAUACAUCCUGCCAACGUUGUAUGCGUGUGAGUGAGAGAGAGAGAUAGAAGUGAUGCUCAGGUGUAUGUACGUUCGUGUGCACCUAAGGAGAGAAUUGGCUUUGGUCGUUCACAGCAUGGCUGCAGCAGACGACUCAGCCCAGGUGACCAAACAGGAUGAAGUGCUCUCUGGAGUGUCUCCGCCUCUAUCUGGCUUCAGCAGAAGCCCCUCUGCAGAUGGAGGGAAUUAGCAGGAUGAGGGCCACAGGUCUGGUUCUACUGCUGUCCCCAGCCUUAAGCCCGGAAGACUGAGGCAUUUUCCAGUCUAGUCGCUGAAUGAAUGUAUAGGAGCUGUCUGUGAGUAUGUCUGUCAUUCACCUAAGAUCAAUUCACCAUGGAAGGGGAUGGCAUUCUUUACACAGAAACACCUCAGAAGGAGCUGGAGUCAGGUCUUUUCAUCAGGUGAGAAUUCUAAAAGGUAGCAGAGAAGGUCUGGGAAACAACUCUUCAGUGGGCUCUCCCAUGUCUUAAUUUGCUGCAAAAUGUGUGGUAGAAAAAGAAGGGAAGGCAAACAGAAACCCACUCUGGGACAGAUGGUGAGAGAUGAAGGGGAAAUUUUUCAGCCUAGGGCUUGGUGUUUAUUGACACAGUGAAAGCCUGAUUCUUGGCGGCUGUUGAAGGUUGACUUUUAGUUGGCCAAAGUUGCUCGGACAACCCUGUUGUAUUCCGUGAAGGGUGUGAUGGGGUGGCUUGUAUCUGCAGCCUGGCCCAUUGUCAUGUUUCUUUUGGCAGGGAGGACUCAAGAGGGAUUUGGGGGGAUUGGGCCUAUCAUUGAAAGGCUUUUUUUUGUUUAUUUUUGGUUUAUCUACACUUGUUUAUGCUGUGAGCCAAACCUCUAUUUAAAAAAGUUGAUACUCACUUUCAAUAUUUUAUUUCAUAUUAUUAUAUAUUUGUCAUUAAUAGUUAUCUUGAUGUAAAUAUAAAGAUUUGUUUGUGUUUCUGUAGAUAGUUAACUUUUUUUUAAGGGAAAAGGGAAACAUUUUUAUAAAGUUCUAUUUUAAUCACCAUUUUUAUACAUUGUAGCUAUCUCCAAGCCCAGUAAGAGUGAUGGUUCAUUUGCAUGAGGUCUGUGAACACCCACUCAUCUACCUGUCCUAAUUUAAAUAAUCAUCUGAUACAGUUAUUUUAUGCCAAUUAAAUGAGGAUGCUGCAAACAUCGUUUUUUCACUAGUAAGUAACUUCGGGUAACUCUUGGAUCCGUGUCUCCCAAGCAAAAGACCAUCUUAAUCCCGAAUGUUUAUAAUCAGUGUCCCUUUCUUCCCAAGACUUUUUGCUUAUAACUUUUCCUUCAGUACAGCACUAUAUUCAAGCCUAUUCAUCAUCUAAACAACCUUAGCUUCAAGUAAAUCUAACUUGUAAUUUCUACUUAUUUCCUCUGAAAUCAUAGAAAAUAGUGUUUACAUUGAAAUGCCUUUGUUUCUCACAAAUGGAUACUCUUCCCUUCUAAAGCAAUGAUUAUACAAUAAUCCACUGCAUUCUUAAAGUAAGGCAAAGAUAGUACAAUCAAAAAUAAAGUUUCAAGGCAACUUUCCCAAUAAGUAGGAAAAUAUGAAAAUGAUCAAAUGGAUGUAGAUUCUACCUAAAUGA